GGCUGUGAUUUGUUUUAGUGUGUAUGUACAUCGAUGGCUCUUAUUCUUCACAUAAACCACUCAUUUCAGUGAAUCAGUAAUGAGAGCUAAUUACUAUUUCGGACGACUCAUUUCCAGUGAAGAUUGACUUUCUUUGAUCAUUUAAAUAAUCACCAAUCGAUUUUUAAAAUAUUCCCAACAGCAAAAUUUGUUCGGUUGUUUGUUUUGUUUUUUAUAUUUUCUUCGUCGUUCUUAUUUUUUCACAUCACGAAAAAUUCUCGGAAAAAGAAGAAUCCGUUGAUAUUUUGCCGGUGCUAUCAAACUCUCUUCGCAAAAGGUCAUUUGCUAUCGAUUUUCUUACAAGAAAAUAGAACUCAAGCAUACAUACGUGUUGAUUAAAAAUUAGCAUCGGAACAAUAUUUGUACGUUGGAUAAGGUGACCUUGAAAUCAGUGCAUACAGUGUUCAUGCUCGCUGGAAAUCGCUGGCUUCGUUUGCAAGGAGGUGACGGUUUUAAAUGGUCAACACAAACACAAAACACUAGACGAAAACUAUUCGCAGCGUCUUGUGAAUGUGAUAACUGAGUAAACCGUUUGGAGAUCGGUUGAAACAGCAUUUGUUUGAAGAAGAGAGCAGAAGAGAGCAGAAGAGAGCAAUCAAGCUUCGAGGAACGACAGACUUGUUGGUAUCUGGAUUCUUUUGCAACCACUGUGUGAACUGUGUGCCUGGUGAUCAUCGUGAUAGCUCAUUUGUGUACAUCCAAAACGGCUUGCAACUAUUACCGAAAGACACGAUCGACUGAAGAGAGUGGAAGACAAACGACUGUUUGCACUGGUUCUCAUUGCAAUUGUUUUGCUGUGGAAAUUGGACUAACUUUGAUUUCGACUUUAUCUUGAACGUCAGAAAAUGUCAUUAAAUGAUCGUCUUCGUAAACGCAAAUCAGUCAAGGCGAAUUUUAUACCAGAAAAUGAAUCAGACAUUGAAAACCGUGACCCUUUUCAUGUUUCUUUUGGUGACGAAGAACCGGACUAUGUACCACCUUCAAAGAAACCCAAACAAAGCAUCAAAAAGGGUGUUGGUCAACGUAAGAAACGUACACGCCGAGAACGACUCGCUCGCCUAAGCCUUAUCGCCGAAAAGUAUGCCCAAGUUGAUGUAGCCGGGCCUAGUUCAAAUAGCAUUGAACAAGAUAAAAUGCCGGCAGGCUAUGAAUCAACGAACAUCGAUAACCUCUUCGAAUCAAUUGAUUCGAAUGAAAAAGUGAUUAACGAUGAAUACAUUCAACCCGGACCAACUGAAAAGAGUCAAUCUUUAGUUGAAAGUCAGCAUACAGAUUCGGAUUUAGAAUCUGUGAUUCAAAGACUGGAAGUUCGAAUGGAUGAGAUGGUCAACAGCAUUCUCCUCAUUAGAAAACAAUUGUGCCGAAUUGAAAUGAAAACACAUUCUUCUCCAUUUGCGAAUGAAAGGUCACCAUCCUACAUGACAGAUGUAGAGGAAAAUGAAUUAUUUGAUCUUCAGAAAACUUUGGUUCGCGAAGGUUUACCAUUGAGAACAAGCUCUGAAGUUGAGAAUUUUGAAGCAAGACUGGAAAAUCAACCGGAGUUUCGUCGAAAAUUAAUUGCUCUGUUAUCUGUGUUGAAUGGUGCCAGUGGCGAUAAGAAUGGCAGCAAAGUUAUCAAAUCUAUCGUGGAUGAAAUAAUUCAACCUUCGUGCCAACACUUAUUUUCAAUGACUGGCAAGUCUGGACCAGGUCUCCCGAGAAAAGUUGCCUUUGAAGGAUAUUCGGAAUUAAUCGGUAUUAUUUUCGCUACGUGUCUCCAAGCCGACAGAACUUAUACGUUGAAGCGCUGCAUGCAUGACCUCACUUACCGAAUUCUGAAGCGUGGGAAUGCCCAGCGAGAUCGAAUCGAGCGUGAAAAAAAUGAAGCGGAUGUUAUCGAUAGUAAUCAAUUGGUGGGAACAUUUACAGUGCCAGAACAAAGACACCAACGCAGUGAAACGGUGGCCAGUCUUGAUCAGAUGGACGAUAUAAAUUCGAUUGAUGUCAAUAAUCUUAUGAAAUUGAUACUGAAUAAUAUUAAGAAAUCAUGUUGAACAUUUUAAAUUAUAUUUGUCUCUCUCAAUAAAGAAUAUUGUGAUGCACAAAUUAAAA